GAUUGGUUGAGAAGGCAGAACUUCCGGAAGCGCAGGUUGGAACCGAAGUAACAAACUUCAUCGCCUUAAAAUUAGAAACGAAAGCGAAGGGCGACGCGUACCAACUUAUUAAACAAUUGUAAUGAGUUUCAGACAUGGACGACAUAAACAUUCAUUAUCGAUUUCUGAACUGGAGGAGGCGAAUCAGAGAAAUCCGUGAAGUACGAGCAGUACGAUACCGCGAGCGACUCAAAAGGAUGAUGAGAGAUGGGGACAUACUCAGGUAUCAAGGAAGUUCAGAUGAAGUUGGGUGUUACGUGGCGGCCCGACCGUUAUCAAAGAGAAACAACUAUUUUGAAGUGACAAUCAUUGAUACAGGUGUGAGGGGGAUGAUCGCUGUUGGUUUGGUGCCUCAGUUCUACAAGCUGGAUCAUCAGCCAGGCUGGCUUCCACAUUCUGUGGCUUUCCAUGCUGAUGAUGGCAAGCUGUAUAAUGGCAACACUGUGGGACAGCAGUUUGGUCCAAAAUGCUGCAGAGGUGAUAGGAUUGGCUGUGGAAUAUCUCUGGACACUUCAGAUGAUGGACAGAUAACAGUAUUUUUUACCAAAAAUGGAAAGGAAGUAGGCUGUGUGGAGAUCCCAGCAUCUCCGGAUGCUUUCUACCCUGCAGUGGGAAUGCACUCUCUCGGUGAAGAGGUACUCCUGGACCUGCAUGCUGAAUGGGGAAUGGACGACGAUGAUGGACAAAUGAUAGUGGAUAGCCAUGAAGAAGAUUGGGGUCGUCUCCAUGACAUUAAGGUGACCGGCAUGUUGCUGGAGUAUGUGGGUAAAGGGAAAAGCAUUGUGGACGUCGGCUUGGCUCUGGCCCGUCGACCUCUAAAUACCCGCUUCCACUACUUUGAACUAGAGAUUACAGAUGCUGGAGAGAAAUGUUACAUUGCCCUGGGGUUGGCACGCAGGGAUUACCCCAAAAACAGACACCCAGGUUGGAGCAGAGGCUCCAUAGCUUAUCAUGCAGAUGAUGGAAAGCUGUUCCAGGGCAGCGGUGUUGGCGAUCCUUUUGGGCCACGCUGCUUUGAAGGAGACAUUAUGGGCUGUGGCAUCAUGUUUCCACGUGACUACAACCUUGAUGAUGAAGAUGACACAGAGGACUGGGAUGUGGACAUGAAGCCUAAUGAAAUUCAGAAUGACUUGUUUGCAAAUAAUGAAGAUGAAGAGGAUGCUGGAGAUGGUUUGGCAGGGCAGAAGGUCACGGUGUUCUUCACUCGAAAUGGAAAAGUAGUGGGCCGGAGAGAAGUGGUUUUACCAUUGGGAGGCUUUUACCCCACUAUUGGCAUGAUGAGCAGUGGGGAGAAGGUCCGGGUGGACCUGCACCCCCUCAGUGGCUGACUGGGGCAGAGGUGAAAGCACAGGAGGGGACGGGGAUGAAUGAGCUUGAAAACUGUCUUCACAAGAAAAAGGCAUGAAGACCUUUUUGGAGAUCUGACACUACCUCUCUUUAUCGGCAAACUCCAAUGUGCUAUUUAAAAAAUACACUCCAGUAUAGCUGUCGACUGUGGCGCUAUUAUUUUGAAAUGCUUUUUUUUUUCUUCUUCAAUGAUCACUAUGAAUGCCAGUAAUAGAUGUGCCAAAAAAGCCUUUGUGAUGCAAUAGAUUUUAUAGAAAAAUUCACUCUGCAAUAUUUGACGGUUAAGACACUUUUUGACAACUAAAUCACAUAAAGAUAAUUAAAUAAUACAAAAUAUGGUGUCAACACACUAAGUAAAACUGCAACACUGAAACAAUACAUGGUUCACAGAGGCCAUGUUCAGACAGCUUAAUUCUGAUAUCAAACGCUAAUUAAAUCGAUGGGCUGUAUUGUUUUUUGUUUUUUUUCCUCGCACUGGAACCUGUACCGUGGGUUGCACCUAAAUAAUGAGCCUCGUCUGUUCUCACCAGAGGAGUGAUAUCAGCAGUAAUUUGUGUCAGUGUCACUGUGACGGUGUGCAGCCUCUGCAGGCAGACUGCGCUCGUUACCGGGUGUUUCUGAAAGCUGCUUCUCAUUGUUGUUCACUUACAGAUGACACAUUACUGACACCCAGUGGUGAGAACGGUAGUUUGGAAAAGCCAUUCACAGGAAGUCUUCCAGAAAUGUACAAUGACAUGAACCUGUUUUUUUUUUUUUUUUUUUUUUUUUUUUUACAACGCAGCUGUCUUUCGACACCCCACAGCUGUAAGUGCACAGCUGUUCCAGGCUGCGGUCAGUUGAGGUGUGGGACCUCAGAGCCUUGCUGCUGUGCACGCUGCCACUCUGUGACAGGUUUCAGGCACACCUGCAGGGCCAUGACUGUUAUCAGUCACAUGGAUACUUUUGCUGAGUGACCUUUGCGCGCUGUGAGAAAGGCCCGUGGGCCACGUGUUUGCACUCUGUUCAUUCUUUGUGUGAGUGCACGUCAUUAGAACUCACUGAGUACUUUGUGCUUCUGCAUGCAUGUUUGUUCUGACAUAAUGUCAUUACAGCAUAUUUAUGACAAUCAUUUUAAAAGAAAUAAAGCCACAUUUGAGGAAAGUAUGGACUAUUAAAUAUGUUGAAACUUGACAAACUGUUUUU